UCCCACUGGUCUCUAGAGUUUGUCCCAGUGACGUCUGCCGGAUCUGGAAAAGCGGCUCCAAGCUGCGUGUGGACAUCACUCUGCUGGGCUUUGAGAACAUGAGCUGGGAGAGAGGGAGGCGUAGUUUGAUUUUCAAGGGAGAAGAUACUGGAGGCUGGGCAGAGCUCAUUGAGAUCAAUCACGACGACAAGUUCGUCACAACGGAGCGUUUCGAGCUCUCCCAGCACAUGAAGCGUUUGACCUUGGGAUCUAUGACACCAAAAAGGAAAGAUGUGGAACGUCGCCUUACCUCCCCAAUUAUUAACAUGUGCCUUGACACAAAAAACAUUGCUUUUGAAAGAACCACCUCUGGAUUCUGGGUGUGGAGGACAGAAAAAGCAGAAGGCGUAAAUGGUUACGAAGCAAAGGUCUACUUUGCAAACAAUGUGAAUGUGGUCACAAAAAUCCGAACGGAGCAUUUAACAGAAGAGGAGAAGAAAAGAUAUAAAGCUGACAGGAACCCCCUGGAGUCAUUUCUGGGAACAGUGGAGCAUGAGUAUGGUGCUCAGAGUACGACCAAGACAACAGAGUAUGCUGCAAGUAACAACCCCACUGCUAUUACUCUGGAGGAGUACUUUGACCCAGAGUUUGAUCUGAAAGGUAGAGACAUUGGAAGACCAAAAGAAGUCGCCAUUCGAACGCAGAAGUUUAAAGCGACCUUGUGGAUGAGUGAAGAGUUUCCCUUGUCUCUUAUGGAACAAGUCACUCCAAUCAUUGAUCUGAUGGCCAGAACCAGUGCUCAUUUUGCCAGACUAAAGGAUUUCAUCACUCUGGAAUUUCCACCAGGAUUUCCUGUCAAAAUUGAAAUUCCCCUAUUUCAUGUGCUGAAUGCCCGAAUCACAUUUGAAAAUGUCAAUGGCUGCAGAACAGCUGAUAAAACAUCACAAGUGGCUGGGGGGGCACAGUCUGAUGCAGGUGCUGAUUUUGAGGUUGACCAGUCAGUGUUUGAGAUCCCCAAAUCCUACCACGUCCAAGGUGAUGGGAGGAACAUACACGUGCAGGACGAAGACAACGAGAUCAUGCAGUUUGCUAUUCAGCAGAGCUUGCUGGAGUCUGGUGGCAGCAAAGGCGUGGAGGCACAUUCCAAUGGAGCAGUUGCAUAUCCCCAGGACUUCAAUAUACAGUACCAGAGGGCACUGCAGGAGAGCUACCUCACCAGCUCGGGUACCUCCCACUGCAGCACCCCCAGCGAACCUUCCAGCUUUGAGAAGGACUUGCAGCUUGCCAUGGAGCUGUCUGUCAGGGAGCAGGAGGAAAGGGAGAAGCAGCGUCGUGAGGAGGAGGAUGCAGAGCUUCAGCAAGUUUUACAGCUUUCUCUGGUGGAAAAAUAA